AUGGGAAAAACAUUCUUGUGGAGAGCAUUGUCUUCUGCUCUAAGGUCAAAGGGUGAGAUAGUUUUGAACGUUGCAUCAAGUGGCAUAGCUUCUCUUCUAUUACCCGGGGGAAGAACUGCCCAUUCAAGGUUUGCAAUACUGAUCGCUGUUAAUGAAGAUUCAACCUGCAAUAUCAGCCAAAGCAAUCCUUUGGCACAGUUGAUCAUGCAAAGUAGGUUGAUCAUUUGGGACGAGGCACCAAUGAUGCAUAAAUUCUGCUUUGAAGCUUUGGAUCGAUCUAUGAGAGAUAUAAUGCGUGCCAAAAAUCCAAACAGUUUCGAUAUGACUUUUGGUGGAAAAACAGUGGUGUUAGGUGGAGAUUUCAGACAGAUUCUACCAGUCAUUCCAAAGGGCACGAGGCAAGAUAUUGUGCGAGCAAGUAUAAAUUCAUCCUAUCUUUGGAGAAGCUAUAAAGUUUUUAGGUUAACAAAGAAUCUACGACUUAGGGCUUUGAAAUCAGAUAGUGAAGUUCAAGAGAUUGCAGAUUUUGCAAAGUGGAUUGCUAAUAUAGGUGAUGGAACAAUUGGUGAUUCAAUGGAUGGAGAAUCUGAGAUAAAUAUUCCUGAACAAUUUUUGUUCACGUGUGGGGAGGAUCCUAUUUCUACAAUUGUUUAUAGCACAUUCCCUAUGUUUCACAGUGGCCACAGAGAUCAUGAAUAUCUAAAAGAUCGUGCGAUCUUGGCGCCAACUUUGGAUGUUGUAGAUACAGUCAACGAAUACAUGACUGACUAUAACAAUGCUGAAGGAAGGACGUAUCUCAGUUGUGAUUCGGUAUGCAAAUCUGAUUCUAAUGUUGACAUGCUUGCUGAUCUGCACACAUCGGAAUUUUUAAAUGGCUUACGAUGUUCUGGAGUUCCAAAUCACUCAUUGACUCUAAAAGUUGGCUCCCCAGUUAUGCUCUUAAGAAAUAUUGAUCACUCAUUGGGGUUGUGUAAUGGUACAAGGAUGAUUAUUUCAAAGUUGGCUGAUCAUGUUUUAGAAGCUCAAAUACUGACCGGAUCAAGUGCUGGUACAAAGGUCUUAAUUCCAAGGAUGUCCUUAACACCUUCGGAUCCAAGAUUGGCUUUUAAGUUCCAAAGAAAGCAAUUUCCGCUAAUGUUGUCAUAUGCCAUGACAAUAAAUAAAAGCCAGGGCCAAACACUGUCCAAUGUGGGUUUGUUUUUGAAGAGGCCAAUUUUUAAUCAUGGUCAAAUGGUUGGUGGCUAUGAUACUCAGCUCUAUCGAAGUGUUUUUACGGCAAUUAAUGUUUUCAUUCUCGUACCAUUUGCCUGA